AUGACCUCUGGUCAACGCUACUUGCAGCCAGCAACCGGGUUGCCCCUGUCGCUGGAUCAAAUUAUGCAGAAGCAAUGGAUGGCUGCGCCACAUGGCAGUCUUGAGUAUCGAGUGGGAAUCCUAUAUUUUUUACGUUUUGCAUUUGGCGAUGCGGCUUCAGAAGUCACGAGAUUAUGUCCUUGUUGCAAAUGCAUAAACUCAUUGAGUCAUGAUCGUGAGACAGUACACGAACAUUUGAUGAUAAAUGGUAUCUUGCAAGAUUAUCACAUCUGGAGUUUUCAUGGAGAAAAACUAAUUGUACAAGAUCAUGAUAACAAAGAACUUCAUUAUUCAGUGCAACAAGUUUCUGAAGUAACUAGCCAUGAACCGAUGGUACAAGAAAUGUUGAAUGAUGCAUUUGGAAUUCAUGAAGGAUCUACAAGUAAUGAAAAUUACAUUAGAGCAUCAACGAGUCAUACACCGAUGGAGUUUAAUGUUAAAGAUUUCUAUCAACUAAUUGAGGAAGGGAAACAACAGCUAUAUACCGGAUGCACAGAGUUUUCUAAACUGUCGUUCCUUGUUGAGUUAUUUCAACUGAAAGUGAAUGGAAAAUGGAGUGAUAAGUCAUUUACAGCAUUGUUGGAUUUCCUUUGUCGAGUACUUCCAUCUGAAGCUCAAGUGCCUAAGUCGUUUUAUGAAGCAAAGAAUCUAAUUUCUAGUUUAGGACUUCAUUAUGAAAAAAUACAUGCUUGUCUAAAUGAGUGCAUGAUUUAUUGGGGCGAAAAUGAGAAUGAACAGGCUUGCAAAGUGUGUAACCUUCCAAAAUGGAAAAAUUUGCAGAAAUCAUCAAGGAGAUCGUAUAAAGGUGGAAAAAAACGUCUCGAGUGGCAUUUCAAAAAACGUGUUUCAGAUGGAAAUCUAAGACAUCCAGCUGAUUCUCGAGCAUGGAAGGAAUUUGAUGAACGUCAUUAUGAAUUUGCGUCUGAUCCUAGAAACGUAUGCUUGGGACUCGCCGCUAAUGGGUUUAAUCCAUUUAAAAAUCAAAGCACUUCACAUAGUACUUGGCCUAUUGUCCUGAUGCCUUACAAUUUGCCACCUUGGGAAUGCAUGAAGCCUUAUUCUAUUAUUUUAUCCACCCUUAUUGCAGGUCCAAAAGCACCUGGCAAUGAUAUCGAUAUAUAUUUGCACCCCCUAUUGACUGAAUUGAAAGAUUUAUGGGAAAAUGGAAUUGCCACAUUUGAUGCUUAUGACAAAAAAAUGUUUCAAAUGCGGGCUACAUUACUUUGGACAGUCAGUGAUUUUCCUGGUUUGGGUUGUUUGUCUGGAUGGAAUACAUAUGUCAAGAAUGCAUGUCCAACUUGUGCUGAUAAUACAGAUGCAGUGUACCUAAAACAUGGCAAAAAGUGGUCAUUCAGAGGGCAUCAUCGUUUUCUACCACCAGAUUCAGAAAUGCGAACAAUGCCAAGUUAUAGAAAACCAGAGCUACGUGAGUUAUGGCACCAUUGUCUGGAUCUGACGUUCUACAAAUGA